AUGGCUUUGCCCAAGCGCAUUAUCAAAGAGACGGAACGUCUCAUGGCAGAGCCUGUUCCCGGAAUUAAUGCCGUUCCCCAUGAAGAUAACUUGCGAUACUUUGAUGUCUCCAUUCACGGUCCCGCCCAAUCUCCAUAUGAGGGUGGCAUUUUCCGCCUGGAGCUGUUCUUGCCCGAUGAUUAUCCCAUGACUCCGCCCAAGAUUCGUUUCCUGACCAAAAUCUAUCACCCCAAUAUUGAUCGUCUGGGCCGCAUUUGCUUGGACGUUCUGAAGAACAACUGGUCGCCUGCUCUCCAAAUUCGCACGAUCCUGCUCUCCAUCCAGGCACUACUCGGUGCUCCCAACCCCGAUGACCCCCUUGCCAACGACGUUGCCCAGCGCUGGAAAGAUGAUGAGCCGGCAGCCAUUCAGACAGCCAAGGAGUGGACCCGUACACAUGCUAUGGCUUAG